AGACACUGAGGUCCGAGGCUGCGAUUCGCCAAGAGCCCAUUGCCCCUUGGAGAGGGCUUUCCUACUAGAAGCCAGGUUUGCUCUCGGCUGCCUUCCCCACUCCGGCCUAGGCAGACCUGGGUCUUUGCAAGCCUAAAAGCCAGAGGCAACGGAUUGAGGGUGUGUAGAACGCUGACCCUGAGCCAGAAGACUUGAUUGCUUGAAGGCGAGACAUGAAAAGAAGACUUGAUUGCUUGAAGGCGAGAUGUAAGGUUUCUUGGCUUCUUCAACUUCCAGAAAAGUUGGUACAUUGCUUGUUUUCCAGCCUGGUGGAGCAGCUGAUUGGCAAGUGUGCCAACUGUCCAGUGUUUCCUGGCUCCUACUCUGCCAGUCUCUCUCCUGGGAAGAUGUUCCUGGUGGGCCUAACGGGAGGCAUUGCCUCAGGCAAGAGCUCCGUCAUCCAGGUGUUCCAACAGCUGGGUUGUGCUGUGAUCGAUGUAGACGUCAUUGCCCGGCACGUCGUCCAGCCAGGGUACCCUGCUCACCGGCGUAUCGUAGAGGUCUUUGGCACUGAAGUCUUGCUGGAGAAUGGCGACAUCGACCGCAAGGUCCUUGGAGACCUGAUCUUUAACCAGCCUGAUCGUCGGCAGCUACUCAACUCCAUCACUCAUCCUGAGAUCCGCAAAGAAAUGAUGAAGGAGACCUUCAAGUACUUUCUCCGAGGGUACCGCUACGUGAUUCUGGACAUCCCCCUCCUGUUUGAGACCAAGAAGCUGCUCAAGUACAUGAAGCACACGGUGGUAGUGUACUGUGACCGAGACACACAGCUGGCGCGGCUGAUGAAGCGGAACAACCUGAAUCGUGAAGAUGCAGAGGCAAGGAUCAAUGCCCAGCUGCCCCUGAAGGACAAGGCCCGCAUGGCCAACCACGUUCUAGACAACUCGGGCGAGUGGAGCCUCACCAGACGCCAGGUCAUCCUCUUGCAUGCCAAGCUGGAACGCUCCAUGGAGUACCUGCCACUGAGGCUCGGGUUCCUAACGGGCCUAGCAGGCAUCGCCAGCCUCCUUUACCUGCUCACCCGUUACCUCCUACCUUCUUCUUAACUGGGUACACCAAGGCAGCAAGCCUUAGGCCUCCUCCUUAGAGACCUAAGUCAGGUACCAUGUCCUCAACACUACAUUCACUCAUCCAGUCUGGGACUCAGCAGAAAGAAACUCACUAUCAGGUACCCUUCCCUCCCCCCCCUAGAGCCCCUCAUCCCCUAGUACGCCCUCAGAACAAUAUCCAUGACGGCAGGAGAACAGCAGUCUCUGUGGCCCUCACCAUGGUUACAGCAAUGUAGCCAACAGUUUCUUGGGCUUGAGCCCUCUUGGAGCAUCUGCCCUAUCAUGGCCACAAACUCCCUAGUGGACCACAGCAAAUCCUUCUAAACUGAAGGCCUUCUUCAAACAACUGUCUCCUGGGUUGAAGCCUUUUGCCAGGGUGCAGUGUGACUCCUCUCUGGGGGCUUUACCGCUUAGCCACUGCCCCCCACCACUGCCUCUGAGCUCUGCAAUCCUGGCGUUCCCCAGGCCCCAUGCCGUCUGACCUCUGUGCCUUCCUCCAGAUGCUCCCUGCCCUGCAGUACCUUACCCCUGGCUGCCCCUGGUCAGGCACCCCGUGUUUUAUCUUAAUCCAUGGUAGAAUAACCAACAAGAAACUGAUUUCUCCUAGACUGUAUGCCUCUAGGUGGCAGGGCUGACUCCUCUCCAGUGUACUACAGCCUGCUCUCCACUGGUGCUCAAUAAAUUGAAUUGAUCUAAAAUGUC